AUGCAGCCCGUGCCCUGCUGGGAAAAAGCGUGGGUGCUGCCCGAGGGCGCAGCGCCCGGCUCGACGUUCAAGAUAUACAAGUGGGUGAAAUCCGAGAAGAAGCAGCACUUCAGCGAUGAUGAGGGCGAGACGGACCAGCCGCUCGCGCCGCUGCUAGAGCCGGACGAAGUCGAAGUAGUCGAGGGGGACGAGGAGAUAGACCAAGACGAGGUCGGCACGUCCAUCGCGCCCGAGACUGCUCCCGUCUCGCGGGACGUGUCCGAACCCGUCGCGUCCGAGCCCAAGGACAACAGUGGGUCAAAGCCAUCCACACCGAAACCGCAUCCGCUUUCCAUCUCGUUUCAACCACCCACGCCCACACCAGGCCCGGACGACGCGCUCGAUGAGUCGCUCAAGCCGAGCGGGGACCUCGCUGCCGACGCGCUCGGUGCCGGGAUUGGGCUUGAUAUGUCGCAGAUGGGGCCCGACGGGGAGCCGUUCGAGGGCGCUGAGGACUUGUCGCAGUUGCAGUCGGCGGACGCGUUGCUUGGAGGGGGCCUCAUGCCCGAGUCAAUGGACGAUGAUCCGUUUGCCGUGCCAACGUCAUAG